AUGGCUACCUCUCUUGUUGGCUCCGAAGUCCCUGACGAGGUCCUUGUCAUCAUCCACGCACCCAACCGAAACGAGACCAUCUUUGCCAUCACGGAGAUCGCAAAUCUAGAGGAGGUCAUCCCCCAAGGCAACGUACUGAGGGACCGCAACGGCGUCAUGGAAGUCAUCUGGGAGGAGGGUCUCGAGGCCUUCUUCCGCGUCGUUUUACGCUUCGUCCGCAAUAUGCACUUCACAUUAUCUUCUCAUCUUUCUCAUGCUGACCUUUGCUAUCUGCGCGUCGCGACAGGUACCAACCACGGCAACGACAACGGCCAGCCCAACGAGGAUGGCAAUGCCGGCGGCAACGCGACCACCGCGACCACCGCCCCGAAGGAGCCGGGCCAACUUGUCGUCGGCUUCAACCCUGCUGGUAGAUUUGGUGUGAGCGCCCACGUCGGCCGCUCCGGCGAGGUUGACACGGAGGCCUACACCGCCGUCUUGGAGAUGGUAUCGGGCAAGGGCCUAAAGAGCCAGACGAUCGAGGCUGUCAAGGCUGUCACUCGUACCGCCAUCAUCUGCGCUCUCGUAGGUGCCUGCUUCGGCCCGAUUGCCCGCUUCGGCAUGGUUGUCUCCCGACUUUUCUAA